UCAAAAAAAUAAUUUUCCUCGUGUCUCUUUUUCGCCUUGUUUGAAAUGAGGGCUGUGCUAUUGUGGUGCUGCUUAGUUUUUUUCACCGUGGCUACUCCGAUUGAAAAAUUCACCGGAGCAGAUGAUUCCCGCUACUUCAUAGGUUACGCCGGCCUCAACUAUACUGGCGCCCACUACCAGUUCAUCGACUACAUGCCCGACCUGAGUGAAGUACAGAUGGACAACACCAUCGAAAGCAGCUGUGCUACUGGAGUCUGGAACCUCUACAACGCCGUGAACUACGACCUGAAUAGCAAUGAAAGUCGAUGCAUAUUCAUUGGAAUAAACUGGUGUGGGAAUUGGAUCACGCAAUGCCAAAACAUGGUAUCGUCGCUGAGAUACACAGGAAGCCCGUACGGCCUCAACGAUGACUACUACAACCUGUACGAGGGGACGAGCUUCCGGGGCAGGGAGUUCAGAGGCAACACAAACGCCGCUGACCUGGGGGACCUGGACAUGGCUGUCUCAUCGCUUGUCGUGACUGGACAGUCGGCGUGGACGUUCUACACCGACGUCAACUUCACGGGAUCCAAUGUGUGCGUGUACGCGGAUGAGCACUACGCUAAUGGGAGCAUCCAUCUUGACUUCGCACGUUUCUAUACUAUGGACGAGCUCGGUAUGGCGGACAACUCCAUCAGGUCUGUGGCGCGGGGCUGCCUCAGCGACCGCGUGCUGGGCCAUUCCGACGGUGAACGCCGCGGUCAAGACGCCACUAACUGA